CACAGCCGGCAGGGCGAGCCGCGCUGCAGCUCCUGCGACGAGGGCAACGCCGCCAGCUCGCGCUGCCUGGACUGCCAGGAGCACCUGUGCGACAACUGCGUGCGGGCGCACCAGCGCGUCCGCCUCACCAAGGACCACUUCAUCGAGCGCUUCGCCGCCGGCCCCGCCGCCGCCUCCGCCGGCCCCGCCGCGCCGCUCGCCCUCAGCCCGCCCUACCCCGCCUCGCCCUACAACAUCCUCUCCGUCUUUCCCGAGCGGGCCAGCUACUGCCAGCACCACGACGACGAGGUACUGCAUUUCUACUGUGAUACCUGCUCUGUCCCCAUAUGUCGUGAAUGUACCAUGGGGCGACAUGUGGGUCACAGCUUUAUCUACCUCCAAGAUGCCCUCCAGGACUCCAGAACUCUUACCAUCCAGCUCCUGGCAGAUGCUCAGCAAGGACGACAGGCUAUUCAGUUGAGUAUUGAACAGGCCCAGGCUGUGGCAGAGCAAGUUGAGAUGAAAGCGAAGGUGGUACAGUCUGAAGUCAAAGCAGUGACUACUAGACAUAAGAAGGCCUUGGAAGAGCGAGAGUGCGAGCUGCUCUGGAAGGUGGAAAAGAUACGUCAAGUCAAAGCUAAGUCGCUCUACUUGCAAGUUGAAAAGUUACGUCAGAACCUAAAUAAGCUGGACAACACUAUCAGUGCUGUUCAGCAGGUCCUGGAGGAAGGCCGUACCAUAGAUAUUCUUCUGGCCCGGGACCGCAUGCUGGCUCAGGUGCAGGAGCUCAAGAAUGUGAGAGGCCUUCUGCAGCCACAGGAGGAUGACAGGAUCAUGUUCACACCCCCUGACCAGGCGUUGUAUAUGGCCAUUAAAUCAAUGGGCUUUGUUAGUAGUGGGGCUUUUGCUCCUCUGACCAAAGCCACUGGGGAAGGCCUCAAGCGUGCACUGCAGGGCAAAGUAGCCUCUUUCACAGUUAUAGGCUAUGACCAUGAUGGUGAGCCUCGCCUUUCAGGAGGUGACAUGAUUUCUGCAGUGGUAAUGGGCCCAGAUGGAAAUCUGUUUGGGGCAGAUGUCAGUGAUCAGCAGAACGGAACCUACCUGGUCAGCUACCGUCCGCAGCUAGAGGGAGAGCAUCUGGUGUCUGUGAUGAUGUGCAACCAACACAUUGAGAACAGCCCCUUCAAAGUUGUGGUGAAAUCUGGGCGCAGCUACAUAGGUAUUGGGCUACCCGGGCUCUCGUUUGGCAGUGAAGGAGACAGCGAUGGGAAACUCUGCCGCCCCUGGGGGGUUAGUGUAGACAAAGAAGGCUACAUCAUCGUGGCUGACCGCAGCAAUAACCGUAUCCAGGUGUUCAAACCAUGUGGGACUUUCCAUCACAAGUUUGGCACGCUAGGUUCCCGGCCUGGCCAGUUCGAUCGUCCCGCUGGUGUGGCCUGUGACGUCUCACGCCGGAUCGUCGUGGCUGACAAGGACAAUCAUCGCAUCCAGAUUUUCACAUUUGAGGGGCAGUUCAUUCUGAAGUUCGGGGAGAAAGGAACAAAGAAUGGGCAAUUCAAUUACCCGUGGGAUGUGGCCGUCAACGCAGAGGGCAAAAUCCUGGUCUCUGACACAAGGAACCAUCGCGUUCAGUUGUUCGGGCCUGAUGGUGUGUUUCUUAACAAGUAUGGCUUUGAAGGGGCACUCUGGAAGCACUUUGAUUCCCCCAGAGGUGUGACUUUCAAUCACGAGGGCCACUUGGUAGUGACAGACUUCAACAACCAUCGCCUUCUGGUCAUCCAUGCAGAUUGCCAGUCAGCACGCUUUCUGGGCUCGGAGGGAAGCGGGAACGGCCAGUUCCUGCGCCCUCAGGGAGUGGCGGUGGAUCAAGAGGGGCGCAUCAUUGUGGCCGAUUCCAGGAACCACCGGGUGCAGAUAUUCGAGUCCAAUGGUAGCUUUUUAUGCAAGUUCGGCACUCAGGGAAGCGGCUUUGGUCAGAUGGACCGUCCUUCAGGUAUAGCUGUCACCCCUGAUGGCAUGAUUGUUGUGGUCGACUUUGGAAACAAUCGAAUUCUCGUCUUCUAAUCGGUGUUUGAAUUUGGAAGAAACUGUCUCAGGGAAAUUCUUCGAAGAAAAAAUGAAAAAAUACAACGUUGAUUCAAACCUACCUCAUCUUUAAUUUUUUUACAGAUGAAUGUACUUAUCUUUUCUGCAGGGAGUGAGCCUGUAAAGUUAAAUUCUAUCUACCUCAUUGUCCUCCCUUCCCUCCCCGGUUUCUCUCCCCCGCUCCCCAUCCCAACACGCUCGCAGUUCAGAAAAUUUUACCUCUCCCCUGAUGGGGUUUCAUGCACAAACAUGUGUUGCUGUGCACAUUAGGUGGUUUGUGUGGUGAAUUCCGUAGGCUAAGCCAAAAAGGCUCUAUAUCACUUUUUUUAAUGGAGAAAAUGAUAGUAGAUAUUUGUAGAGAACUUGUGUUCCUGACCAUACUGCAUUUCUGUGGGUGGGGACAUGGGAGGGGGGAUAUGUUUUUUUUUUGAAUUGCUGCUGCAGCAGAGAACUUUUUCCUGUUCUCCUUUUUAUACCUCAGUGUGUUUGAUUUACUGGUGAGCACAGCGUUUUGUUCCCAGAAGACUUUGAACGUUUUGUGGAAGUGAGUGGGAUUCACUCGCCAGGAAGAGUGAGUUUGCAUCUUUUUGGCAUUUCUGUGUAUUUUUUUCUGAAACACAGUAAUCCAACAGCACAAAGAGAAGCUGAUGAAAAUGCACAAUUUUUUUUGAGUUGAAACCAAAUUGUUCAUUUUAGUGGCUUAGUACAGUUGUUGUGAAGUUUAGACAAAAAAGCAACACUUUCUUUAAUGUAACCUGUUUUUGAGGUGUUUUUUUUUUACCCCUUUCACCUGAAAGCUAAAUUAGUUUAUAAAAAAAAGUUAGUUUCUUUUAUCAAUAUGUGCGCCUAAUCUGGGUAACAGAGGUUACAGGGGGCACUGAAGCAAGGAAAAAUCAACCCUUGAUUUAUGUUCUUGAGAAACGACUGGGUUUUUUUUCUUCCUCCCCAUAGAGAGCCUUUAAGAAAAAAAAAGUUCAGUGGAUUUGUUAGAACAGAAGUGGUACCUUUUCCCAAAAUUAAGAAAUAAGCACAGCUUUGGAGAUUCAGGGUGAGUUUUGGAGAAUUCAAGUCUCUUAAGUUUAGAGGGUUGCAAUAACUUUAUCAGUGACAGAUACGACUUUUUUCAUCUUCUGUCUUCCCCAGAGAGCUGAACUGGAGAAGUCCAGAAGCUCUGCUUUAGUUUUUAGGGUGGGGGUGAGCCUGUGGCUCCAUGUAGUUCUUGCUACAGAUCAAAGUGAAAAGCUAUGAGUUCCAGCCUAAGGCAAACUGCAUCAAGAUGAAAAUUUGCUUUUUUUUUUUUAUUUUUAUUUUUUAUUUUUUUAUUUUCCAGGGCAGUACCAAAGAAUUCUGUGUAAAAUAACCGAAUAUGAUCCUUAAAAGUUUGGAGGCGGGGGGGAAAUGAGCCCUUUCAGGGAUAUAAAAAUUGCUUUUUUGAGAAGCAGAAACUUUCUGGGAGAACAGAGAUCUUUCUAACAUACCAAGGACUUUGAGUCCCUCGGAAGUUUUAGUUUUAUUCUUUUUUUCCAGUUCCCAUUUGGCUGUUAGUGCAGAUGUGGUUUCUAGAGCUGUCUCUUUACCCUCUGGAUAAGACAUUCAGUGGCAAUGGUUUGAAGUAGGGAAUGGGGCUUUUCUGUCACUCGUUGAUGGAAGGAUUAUCCAGUCUUUGCCUCAGAAAUGCUUUGGGAUCUACAUUACUGCUUGCAAGAGAAGGUCUCUGAUAUAUAGGCAUGGUCACUAUGAAAGUCUGAAGGGCCUUAACCAUCCUCGGAGCAAAGGGUUCAUCCCGCUGCCAGCUGCCAUGCACAAAGGUGUCCUGAGAUUGAAAGGCUCUUUACAAAUUUGUGAGAAAUCACAAGGUGCACUUUCCUUCUUGCUGCUUUUCCCCUCCAAGGAGUGUUUGACUUUCUGGGUUUUGUAGAAAUCCUGAUGUGUUGCAUACAGACCUCCUUCUCUUAAGGGAGGCUUAAACUAAAGGACCAGAAAGAAACAGAUUCAACAAGAUGGCAAAACCUCUUUUAAAAGAAGGGUAAGGAAAAACACCUAAAUUAAAUAAGAAGUAACUGUGCUGCCUUUCAGCCAAAGCCUCGAGGAAGCAAACUCUUCAAAGCAGUGUGUUUCAGCUGGGCUUAAUCUUAGGAUAGCAUGGUUUAAAAAUAGUCUUCAAAAGGAUAAUCUUUUAUACAGAUGUCUGUCAUUAAACUUGUGUGGCCACUCAACAUAUGGGUAUGAGAGAAACCUAAUUUACCUUCAGCUUCAAGUUCUACUUGUGUCCAUGCCUCCCUUCUUGGGGGUGGCCAACAUUUGUGGCAGAUGUCCCUGUUUGUUUUGUAUUAUUCAGUCCAAGAAUUAUUUGAAGUUUGGGCUGUGAAAAUGAAUACCCUGCAAGAUCUAGAUACCAAAGAAAAUGGGUUUAAAAAGCUUUAAUAUUUAGUUUGCAGUGUCCUUGCAUUUAUCCUGUCAUGUCUUAAUAAAAAUGCCGGGUCUAUUAAUAUCUUGACCUGAGCGGCUGCCAGUGUUUAGAGCGUUCUAGAAAUGCUCUUUUGCUUUAAUGCUUGUUGGGUUCUCCCCUUCUCUGGGGCUGGGAGAAGGGAAUUGUUUUCCAGGCAUUAAAAAAAAAAAAAAAAGGCUAAGUGUGUGUUCACCCUUGUGUUGAACAGCAGAAACAUUCUUGCCUCUCUCCAGCCUGCACUGUGUAGAAGGUGACGUAGAAGUCGCCCUCUGCUAUUUUGUAUGGAGCCAUUGCACAAACCACCAGUCCAGCUCCCUCAGGAAGAGGAGUGACUUCAACUUCUUAAGUUGCUGUCUGCUUAAUCAGUGGAUUUGCUGACAAACAACAAAACCAUUAGGCCUCACAUGUCGGGGAGCUUUUUUGUUUUAAAAACACUACUGUGUAGCUACGCAGAAUAAUUGCGGAUCUUUGUCGUAGUGCUAAGCACGCUUGGUCUCAUUGAAAAGCAGUAGUGUAGCUUAUAAAAUGGAGUGUUUUAUAUGCAAUGAAAAUAAGCAACAAUAAAUAAACAAGUUCAAUGCCAACAGCAGAUGCCCCAUAGGAGCUUUUAGAAAGUAAUAUACAAUGAAUUAACGAGACUCAAACCUUGCUUUUUUCCCAUGUAUGUUCCUGGGCUGUGUGUGUUCUAAGGUUAAUGCCUCAGUAUCAUAACAUACACGGUGAAAGUGCAUGGGGGGAAAAAAAAGCAAGGCUUUGAAGCUGGAUUGCAAACCAAACAAGCCGAAGUGUUCGGAGUAAUCUUCUGAACCAGUGGAGGUGGCAUGGAGAAGGCCGAGGUGAGCUUGUGCCUCUUUCUCUUAGCUCUAGCACUGGCGAACAAGAGAUGUGGGUAACAGACCUGUUGACUAGAACUCCCAAAGGAAUUCCACCUUGCUAGGUUAAACCGGUGGCUCUCGGUAAACUUGCUUGACAAUGUUAUCAGCAGUCAGUAUGGCUGCUCCAGGGUCAGCCUGGGAAGCAAUCUUGUUCUUUCUCAGUUAAGCAGGAACUUCAGCACCAAGCUGAAGCAGAUACAGUACUUGAUAAUGCAGCUCCUUCAGAUAAUUCACUCCUUUUGUUUCGUACCUUUUAAAUAGCUUAAAGGAAGCCCAUAACUGUAAAGUAAGUGAGCAAAGGAGGACAACACCUGAAAACUGAUGCAUAUUGGGGCCAGACAUAACUAAGGUGAGGGAAGGAAGAACGAGGCGCUUGGGUGUAGCGUUCCCUUAGAAUUGCAGGAAAAUGGGCCCGGUCUGUUUUGUUACAGUGAAACCAAAAUCAAAACUGAAGAGUGCAGAUAGGUAGUCUUAUCUGGCUGUAUCUUUGAUCAUAAAAUUUCUUUAUUCAGUUCAGGUUUAAGAGAAAUCGUGCCAAAGUGUUUUGUUUAUUUUUUUUAAAGGAGUGUAAGCCAAACGGUGCCAAAAGGUGAGAGGUAUUUAAAAAUAGAGAGAUAUUUAGACACAGUUUGGAACUGUAUAAAAAUGAACACUGGUACUUGUGUUAGACAAAUAUUGUACCUUUUGGUCUUCAAGUCCUUGGGAGUUUGAAACCCAGUCCGAUGUGGUACAAGAUGCACAACGAGAGAUGCCACUAUCUUUUUCUUGAAGUUCUACCUCACUUUGCAGAAGUGAAUCAUCUACCUCAAUUUAGCAUCAGACAGGUUUGAGAAAUAGCUGAGAAAUCUGCCUUGGGAAAGGAUUCAUCCUGCUUUUUGGACAGGCAUUUAAUUGAAACAGAUAGUGUAUACAAUAUGAUGACUUCUUGCUUUUGUUGGCGUUUUUCUACCUGCCCGUGGAAAUGGUAAGCUGCCCUUGCUAGGGAAUCUGUAAAUGAAACCAAAGGUUCGUUUCUUCUGGCAAACAGGACUAAGAUACCUGAAACACUUGAGUUUGUUCCGUUUUCACUACUAAGUAUGGAGAUGUAAACUUCAUUCAGUAUUAUGACACUACUGGCUGACAUACUCCUUGUCCAUUUACAGUGUUCUUACGUCUUUAAGACCUUUAGGUCUUCUCUCUACAAGAGAAACUUUUAUGCACACCUCCAAGUAUGUCCUGUUCCUGUUUGGACAGACUGAUGCGAUGGUUGCUGUAAUCACAGUGCUAUACCAAAUGCUCAAAGGGAAUCCGGAUACUGAUUUUUUUUUAGACUUGGUGAUUAUAUCAGUAGCUUUCUUGACACAAUGGGAUUUUUUCCACCAUGACAAAGCAACCAAGUUCCUAUUCCUGGAGGGCGAUUUAAGUUCAGAUAUUGUCAGAAGAGGCUGUUGAAAACCAGUAUGUUGGGUUUUUACGCAACUUUAAUAGUGACAUGCAGCGUGCCCCUUGCUUUACCUGUGAAGUCGCAGAAGCACAUUUUCAGAUCGCUGUAUUGGAAGAUCUCUUUUCUUCCUCCGCUCGCAUGUGGGGGGUGACAGAAGCGGGUACGGAAACUCCCUAAUAUUGUUGGGCUGUGUUGGGUUUGGUAAAUGUUAUGGUGGAAAAUGUACAUUGAUGUCUCUAAGUGAUCUUACGGGUUGACGAGCCAGAGUGGCAUCUUUUCCAUCAUUGUUUAACCAAUAGUGGUUCUAAAAAUGCUUUGUGUACCUGCAUGGUCUUAGACCUUCUAUUAAUGAUUGUAUCAACUUACAAACUCAGGUAGAUAAUUUUUUAAGCUCUUUUCAUAGAGCCUUACUGACUGAAUGUUAAGUGUCUGUGUAGUGACGUAGCUGAGUAACUUCCUUUUGAGCUACCAGACUAGUUAAAAAAGAAUAAAAGUCCUUUUAUAGGUUUGUAGAGUCCUUUUCAGACAGCGUAGUAGUUUUUCCUUCCGAGGGAGAGAUGUCUGUUUCUGGGUUUUGUUUUUAGUUUCUUUUCUAAGACGACUGAGAAGUUUUUAACUAGGUUGUAAGGUGUGGUUAGUCACCGGCGUUGGUGGGGGGUUCUUACUGUAUGUGGCCUGUCGUGCUGCGCAUCACCUGUCACGUGCCGCCUGGCUUCCUCGGGUAGAAAUGGGAAGCCCGGAACAACAUGGAGGUCGCUCACUUGAAGCUUGUGCGUGACAAAUCGCGUUUAAUUUAAUCUCUCCUCCUUUAAUUGACUGUAGAGUACGGCCCCAUCGUACAAAACUUCAUUACCGGGGCGUAACAUGUUGCCUCGACGCGGGCUUGUAUCGGGGCCCAGAAUGGUUUUGUCAGCCCUUGAAUGUCGGGCAUCUUGAGACAAUUGGGUUUGUAGUUUCCUGUUCUGCUGCAGUUGUUCUCCUUCUCCUUUAGUGAUUAAUCAUGCUGCUCUCCUCAUAAUAAUACAAACGUCUCAGCAGGACAGACAGUGCUCGGCUUUUAAUGAGCUGCUCAGAGCUUUUAUAUCUAAUGGAUAAUGAAACAGGCUGUGACAAGAACCUCCGUGCUCCAAACAGGGCAUCGCAUUUCUACUUGGACAAAAGGCAGCGUUUGAGAUGCGGGGCGUUGAGUACUGCGGAAAGGAAAGCGUGACAGGUUAUGUGCUAACUUUUACGUAGGAUAAGUGAGCAAAACGUUAGAACUUUUUGUGUUACUGGAGGCUUCUGAAUGUAUCUCUGUGGUCCAUAGGGAAGGCUGAAGGAUGUAGCAAGGAGAUGAUGUAUCAGCUACUGGCAGCCUUAAAACAAAGUCAGUGUCUCUCUGGACUUUAAAAUGUUCCUAUGCAGUUUAUUUUAUUUUUGUUUAAUCAAAUAAAUGUGAGGAGUUUUUUUCA